AUGAUGGAGCCGUUUGCGAAUGCGAACGAAACGUUCAAGAAGCUGUUUGACACUGGGCAACAGCUGAACGAGGUCUACCGCCGCAAUGUCAUUAAUCAAAGGAAUCUCCAAUUGAGAGAGGAGCGGGCCCAGGCUAACCCUUUGCCGCCCAAGCGUCAAAUCACACGUGCAUGGCAGAACUCCAAACUCGAAAAAGAAGAAAAAGCGCACAGAGAAUUAAAGACAAAAUUCGAUGAGCUCAAGAAAGAUUUCAUGCACAACUUGGAUCUGAAUAAAGACCUGCAGUCGAAAGUAAACGAGCUCUGUAGCGAAAAGAACGCACUGAAAACGAGACUCGGACUCGUCCAGGGCGACAUCUCAGAAGCCGUGAACAAGCGCGAAAUGGCGAAUGCUCGUACAGAGAAAGCGCAAGUUGAAAAGGCCAAGAUCGAGAAAGAGCUGCAUGACGCUCACAAGUUGCAUGCUUCUCUGACUGGUGUUAUUCAUGCAGAGCACAAGAAAUUCGUCGACUCACUGCUUCAAAAGCACGCGCUGGAGAUCGAAAACUUCAAGAACUCUCUCCAGAGUUUGGACAUCAAGCUCCAGUCACAGCGGCAAGAGUUGCGACUGGACUACACGCGAAAAAGGGCAAAAGACAAGCACGAACUGCAUCAGUGCAUCACCAGCGCAAAUCAAGAGCGCGAUCGUGCGAACUUGAAGCUCACAGCCGUCGAAAACGAAAAACAGAAUCUAGAACUGUUCAUCAAAGAUUUGGAAAAAGACCUCAAGGAGAAGUCAGCGACGAUUACGAGUGUUAGCGAACGCUUGGCCCACUGUGAGCUCGUCAUUGAGGAGAAUAAAGCCAUUUCCAAAGAUUACGCGCAGCAAAUCGAGAAACAGUUCAAGGAGAUCCAGGCUCAUUACGAGAAGAAAGAGUUCGAAUGGUCGAAUAAAAUCGGCGUGUUGGAAAAGCAGCUUCGCAUCGAGUGUAGCAAAUCAGAGCAAAUGCGUGUUGAAACGGACGCACAAAUUUCCGUUUUGGAAAAAGCCAAAAAUAAUAUCGAGAGCCUGCUUCACCAGGAACAAGUACUUCAUAAAACGCUAAGAGAGGAGCAUGAGAGGGAUAAGCAAAAUUACCAGAGCUCCCUGAAAAUGGCAGAAGAAAAGUCCUGUUCUUUCCAAAAAAGAGCGGUCGAAUUGAGCGAAGUCGAAACGCAACUAAUCGCACAGAACAAAACGCUGCAGACAAUCACUGAAAGCCAAGCUCAGAAGAUCGAAGAAAUGCUCAAAGCUAACUCAGAAGCAGCGGCAGAGCACGAUAAAGAAAAAAUUAUUUUGCAAAUAAUGAAACGAACUUGA